GCUGGCUGUGCCCCACUCGCCUUGUCCCUUGCUGUGCCCUGCUCACCUGUGUUGCUGGCUGUGACCCACUCGCCUGGGUCCCUCGCUAUGCUCUGGACCUCUGCCUAUCAUGUCCGGGCUGCACCUGUGGGCCCCUCGGCCCCUGUUCAUGUGGCGGCUGUUGCUGCUGGUCCAGGCAACUCUGACUUCAGAGUUGGCCCUGGACCUUGUCCUGCUGACCUCCGUCCCCCCAGGCCCGACCAAGCCCUGGCCUUCAGAUCAACAAAACCUCCCACCUGAGCCUUCGAAUAUCUUCGGAGAGGUUGAAUUUCUGUCACUCCAAGAAGACUCAGCUCUGCCUACAGAGGCCCCUGAAGAGGUGAAACCUUCUCCAACACUUCAGGAGGCCACAGCUCAGGAAGUAGAAGCCCCUUCAAUCCAGGAGGGGGCUUCAGCUCAGCUUCCACCCCAACAAGAGGCCUCAGCUCAGUCUACAGUGUCCUCAGAGCCAUUGAAACCUUUGUCAGUCCAGCAAGGAAUUCCAUAUCAGUAUCCACCCCCCCCUGAAAAUGCUGAAUCUUCAAUACAGCAGAAGAGGUCACGUUCAGUACAUCAUGAGGUGAUAGUCUCAGCUCUAGGUUCAGGUGAAGCUCAGCAUCCAAUGUUGCCUAAUAUUAAUGUUAAAGAUGUGAAUCUGGGGGUUUUGGUAACUCCAGAACCCAUUAAGGAGAUUGAACCAUCUGUAACUGAGCAGGAGGUCUCAGAUCAUCCUUCAAAGUCCACAGGAGAGUUCAAACCUCCAACCCAGCAUGAGGUCCCUCCAAAGCCCCCUGAGAAGACAGAAUCAUCUCCAUCGCAGAAGGAGACCCCAGCUCAGCCUACUUUGGAGGCUGAUGCUACAGCCCUGCAGCAGACUACAGCUCCUCCAAAGCACCCUGAGGUGACACUUCCACAUCCAGAACCUGUUCAGGCUCAGCAGCCAACCUUGACUGAAGUCACGGUUCAACCUUUGGACCUGGAAGUUACACUGACUCAACAACCAGAGUCAUCUGAGGCAGUUCCUCCAAAGACUGAACAGGGUGCCACCAUGAACACAUGUGAGCUCUGUACCUGCAACAGUGGGAUGCUGUCGUGUAUUGGUCUCCGCCCGAAGCAGAGGCUCCACAGAGUGCCUGUGCCAGAGCCCAACACCUACAAUGGCAACUUCACCAUCUUAAACUUGCAAGGAAACUCUAUUUCGUACAUCAAUAAAGAUACAUGGAAGUCAUACCAUUCGGUUAAGAAACUAAAUCUCAGUGGAAAUAAUUUGCGAGAAUUACAUAAGGAUUCAUUUGAAGGCCUGUUGUCCCUCCAGUAUUUAGAUUUAUCCUGCAAUAAAAUACAUUUUAUUGAAAGGGAUACAUUUUCAUCACUACCUUCGUUGCAGUAUAUAAAUCUUGGUUGCAAUUUAAUCACAGAAGUGAGCUUUGGAAUGUUUUGGGCCUGGCAUGGAAUGCAAUUUUUACACAAGUUAAUUCUUGAUCAUAAUCCUCUGACAGCUGUUCAAGAUCCCUAUCUUUUUAAAUUGCCAACAUUAAAAUACUUAGACAUGGGAAGGACACAAGUGUCACUUAUAACAGUUGGGAGCAUCCUCAUGAUGACCCCUCAAUUGGAAAAACUGAUCUUACCUAGCCAUUUGGCAUGUUGCCUCUGCCAACUGAAAAAUGAUAUUGAGGCUGUUGGUAAGACAGUCAAACUGCAGUGUGACACUGAAUGUUUGAAAAACACACCUUGUGAUGAAGAACUACUUAUAGAAGGACCACUCAUGAAAAUAUUACACGGUCGGAGGAACACCAGCACUGAGCUGACGAUUGAGCCAGAGAGGGCAUCCUCAGACAAAAGUGGCGACACAAAACUGGCCUUCAUAAGCCUCCUGGUAAAGCUUCUCAGCAAGCAGGAAGAAGUAAAGGUUCCCAAGGCACAACGGGAUACUGGUCAGUGGGAAAAUGAGACCUAUCUGCACGAGAGGAUGGAAGCCCGGGGUGAGCAGGAUGAGGAGGAGUCUGACGAGCUCACAAAAGGAGUACAAGGAUAUGGUGACUAUAACAACAAAUUCAUCGUGACAAUAACUGUGGCUAUAGCAGUAAUAAUUGUAAUUGUAAUUUUCUGUCUCAUUGCGAUUUAUUGUCAAGGAACACCAUUAGAGGAAAAUAAAGGAAGAUACUCAAGGGGCUUUUUUAGAAUUCUCCAGCGUAAGAGAGACUCAGCGGAAAGCAAGAUGGAGGAGGACAAUUUCUGGACAAGGCAGCCGCUUUGGUUGAGGAAUUUAUACAGACCUCUCAGUUCCACAUGCAUAGAAACCAUGGCACAGAAGCUAUAUGACGAGGAUUCCGCUGCUGAGGAUGAGCUGUUCUACAAAAUGUUGCGUGGCGAAUUCUCAGUGUUAAGGAUUCAGGCUACGCACUCGGUGGCUAAGAGCCAAGGGAACCACAGCAUGUGACACUGCCGCCCAGCGACC